GUCUAUUGAGAGCGUCAACUUUCAAUGAGAUGAUGCUUCAAGCAGCAUCUUUGCAGUAGAUUGUGAUUUUAAACAUACACUCUCGAAUUUUCCAAAGCAUAUCAUUUCAUCACGAGAGAGUAAAGAGACCCCUGCGCUCAAUAUUUGCCGGGGUUUAUUAUUUCGCUGCAUCGACGUUUAAAGAAAGAGAUAUCACUGGAACAACAUAAUGACUUCAUCAGAUAGUGGUACGAGGCCAAAGAAGCAGCUUAUUCUCAAUGCGUUCGCCAUCAACGCUCCGGCACAUCUCUCACCAGGGCUUUGGCGACAUCCUCGCAACAGGACCGCUGACUACAACAAGCUCAAGUUCUGGACGGACCUUGCCCAGCUUCUGGACAAGGCCAACUUUCACGCUCUAUUCAUUGCCGAUGUUUUAGGACCUUAUGAUGUUUAUAAGGGACCAGCGAAUGUUGAACCUGUUCUCGCUUCGGGAGCGCAGUAUCCCAUCAAUGAUCCACUUUACCUAGUCCCUGCUAUGGCAUCUGUCACGGAGAACUUGGGAUUCGGUAUUACCGCCAGUACAACGUAUGAUAAGCCGUACGCACAUGCCAGACGCUUCUCGACUGUCGAUCAACUUGCUGAAGGUAGAGUUGCAUGGAACAUUGUUACAUCGUAUCUUGAUAGCGCUGCGAGAAACUUUGGGCUAGACACCCAAGUCGAGCACGAUGAACGAUACCAAAUUGCGGAAGAGUAUAUGGAUGCAGUAUAUAAGUUAUGGGAGGGCAGUUGGCGCGAUGACGCUGCAGUGAGAGAUAAAACGACCGGGGAGUUCGCGAAAGCUGGUCGAGUCCGACAAAUUCAUCACAAAGGGAAGUAUUUCGAUGUUCCGGGCCCUCAUAUCUGUGAACCAUCACCUCAGAGAACGCCCUUUCUGUUCCAGGCUGGAACCUCUAAGGCUGGUCGUGAAUUUGGUGCAAAGCAUGCAGAGGCCAUCUUCGUGGGCGGACAACUGCCCGAGAAAGUCCGAACUUCCGUAGAUGCGCUUCGUCAGUUGGCUAAGGAGAAAUAUGGCCGUGAUCCAAGCCACUUGAAGAUCAUUGCGGGGGUCACAAUCAUUGUCGAUGAGACCGACGAGAAGGCCUGGAAGAAGCGGGACGAAUUCCUCUCGUACGGUGACAGGGAAGGCGCACUUGCUCUAUUUGGUGGUUGGACAGGCUAUGACCUCUCUUCAUACAAGGAUGACGACGACUUCCGUUUCGUCGGCCUGCCUGCUAUUCAGUCCAUUGUCAACGGAUGGGCAGCCACUGUUCCUGGAACGGAGAAUCAACCCUGGACAAAGGCUCGCAUUGCCGAGUACCUACUCCUAGGUGGAAUGGGCCCGAAGGUUGUUGGAUCCCCAAAGACCGUGGUGGAUGAGUUGGAAAGAUGGAUUGAAAUUGCUGAUUUAGAUGGCUUUAAUCUGAGUCACAUUGUCAACCCUGGUAGCUUUGAAGAUAUCAUCGAGUUUGUGCUACCAGAGUUAAGGAGGAGAGGCUUGUUUAGGGAGAAUGUAGAGAAGAAAGGUCAGACCGUGAGAGAAUCUUUCUUGGGACAACCUUGGCUGUUGGACGACCACCCUGGACGAAAGUAUAGAUGGGAGAUAGAUGGUGAUGGAGGUGAGGUAGUUAGCUCGUAGAU